AUGGCAACGGCGGCGGGUUCUGCCUGGGGGGGGGGCCUGGGGCAGCCCCAGCGGCUCCUGCGCCAUUGCCAACGGCCGCCGCCGCCUCCUCUCCCGCCGCCCUUCCCGGCCGCCGCCGCCGUGUGGAGCCUCGGCGGCGGCGGGGCCGGGCACCGGAGGGCCGGCAGCGGCGGCCCCGCUCCGCAGGAGCCGUGCCGGGAGAGGAGCGGAGCGGGGCGCUGCGCCGAGCUGUAUGAAAACCCGUGGACGAUCCCGAAUAUACUGUCAAUGGCGAGGAUGGGUCUGGCGCCGGUCUUAGGCUAUUUGAUCGUUGAAGAAAAUUUCAAUGUUGCACUCGGUGUCUUCGUUUUGGCUGGAGUAACGGAUUUGUUGGAUGGAUUUAUUGCACGAAAUUGGGCCAAUCAGAAAUCAGCCUUGGGAAGUGCUCUUGAUCCUCUGGCAGAUAAAAUUCUCAUCAGCGUGCUCUACGUAAGCCUAACUUGUGCAAAUCUUAUCCCAGUUUCGCUGACUUCCAUGAUCAUUCUGAGGGAUGUAGCACUCAUCGCGGCUGUUUUCUACGUGCGAUACAAAACUCUUUCUCCACCGAGAACACUCAGCAGGUAUUUUAAUCCCUGUUAUGCUACAGCCCAACUAAAACCAACAUUCAUUAGCAAGAUGAAUACAGCCGUUCAGCUAAUUCUGGUGGCAGCUUCUUUAGCAGCUCCUGUUUUCAAUUAUGUGGACAGCAUAUACCUGCAGACGUUAUGGUGCAUCACAGCGUUCACGACGGUAACCUCUGCGUAUAGCUAUUACCACUACGGCCGAAAAACGGUUCAGGUGAUAAAUAAUAAAUGAAGUAUUGUUGAAAGGACCGUGUCUCGGCAGGAUGGGUUGCAGUACUGCAGAGGAUGGUUGUAAUGCAACUGGGCUUUGGAUAGAAAACUGUUUUUUCUGCUUAAACCAUGGCAUCACAAUGAAGUGAAUUUUGAACAUGUACUGUGUAUAUAAAUAGAGAAUUUUCAAUGUAUUUUUAAUUUGUUUAAAAUUAAGGUUGUUUACAAAAUCAAAUAAAUAAUAUUCUUAAAGACACAGG